AUCAUAACUUCUCCCCGGAGGUCUGCUAGGAGUCUGGCUUGUCCAGCCAGGACCCUGCAGUCACUAUAUCUGGUCUCCCUGGACCCUGCAUUCACUAUAUCUGGUCUCCCCGGACCCUGCACUCACUAUAUCUGGUUUCCCCGGACCCUGCAUUCACUAUAUCUGGUCUGGUCUACUAGGACCCUUCAUUCACUAUAUCUGGUCUCCCAGGACCCUGCAUUCACUAUAUCUGGUCUCCCCGGACCCUGCAUUCGCUAUAUUUGGUCUCCCCAGGCCCUGCAUUCACUAUAUCUGGUCUCCCCGCACCCUGCAUUCACUAUAUCUGGUCUCCCAGGACCCUGCAUUCACUAUAUCUGGUCUCCCCAGACCCUGCACUCACUAUAUCCGCUCUCCCCGGACCCUACAUUCACCAUAUCUGGUCUCCCCGGACCCUGCAUUCACUAUAUCUGGUUUCCAAGGACCCUGCAUUCACUAUAUCCGGUCUCCCCAGACCCUGCAUUCACUAUAUCUGAUCUCCUACAGUACACACAAAAUGGAAAUACAAUUAUUUUAGCAGAUAUAAACUGCUAA